AUGGACGAGAUACACGAGCGUAAUGUAGAUGACGAUUUAAUGAUGGCUCACCUCUGCGUCAUCAUGAGGCAAAAUCCAUCUUUAAAAUUAAUUAUUAUGUCGGCUACCAUGAAUGUCAAGAAAUUUAAGAGGUACUUUCAUGAGUUUGGAACCGAAAGGAAAAGGUUAUCCUCGGAGAUUCCUUGUAUAGAUGUACCUGUUAAAAAUUUCCCAGUUGAUGUAUUUUACUUGGAAGAUAUUUGUCAGGAAUUGCGGGUUCCCAGUGCAUUCAGAAACUUGGCACUGAGUGAACCCAGAAAACCUUCGAUGAUGCAAGAACGUCGAGAAUUGUUUUUAGAUUGGAUCUUUCAUUGUCACGUAACUUCCCCGGUUGAGGAGGCGUUCUUGGUUUUUCUUCCGGGAAUUUCUAUCAUUUCUGAAUUGGUAGCUAUUCGUAGAUUCUUCUAUUCGUCAUUUGCAGGAGUUUUUGAGGUUGAUCCAUUUUACGAAUAUAAUAAUGAUUUUAGAAGGGAGGCAGGCCGUAAAGGUGAAAGGCCUAAUCCUCAAGUUUCAAUCAUUAAACUCCACUCCACCGUCACCAUUGACGAACAAUGUUUAGCCAUGCAGUUACCUAGAAAAGGCUACCGAAAAGUGAAUAUUCGGUUGAACGUUCUUCCAUUUUACUUUCUGCUUGCUGGAGAUCCUCAUGAAAUUUUGUUUAAUGCAGAUUAUUUUUGCAACAAAUGUUGCCGAAAGUUCGAUCACAGUUCCAGAC